AUGGCUACAUACAACCGCACCAGUCUUCCACCUCCUCCAGAGGUUAUCAUUUAUCGGUAUGGUGAUAAGUUAGUAUAUGUCAAGCCUGCUAUGGAGUACGAAGAAGCCAUAGAACUCGCACUUCAAGAAUUUCCCGUCUUGAAAAGUAUUGCCGCAGAAAAACAGUCACGAGAGCAUAUAGCCUUCUACAUAACAAAUGCUAUGCACGGGAAACGAGAGAGCAUCUGCAUAUCUAAAAGUGCUUGGAAACCUUGCGUGUCUAGGAUGUUGAGGGGGGAAAUAGUCACUAUCUUCGUGGUAGACCCUAGCAAAGAGGUGACGAUACAAAUCGAGCCUCCGCCGCAGUAUCUCGAAGUCCCGGAGUCUUCUUCUGGGAGACACACCCGCAAAUCACGAUCAACACCGCCACAUUCGAGUCGGGGGAAUUCCUGUUCGCGACCGCACUCGCCUGCUGGAAGUGUAAAGAGUCCAGAUUCUUUGUUGACACGGCGUCGGUCUUGGUUCCGGAGCACUAUAUUGCUUGCAGAAAGUUUCGGACAAACUUCUUCUCAAAAUACCAGUGUAACACUAUGGGAGUUCGGGGCGGGUCGUUUGGAUAGUGGACAGUCUACUGCGCCAUUACAACCUAUUGGUACACCAGCCGAUGGGCUUUCAACCACAUACCUCUAUAGAGUUAUGACCUCUAUCCCAUCAACAUCGGAAUUGAAUGACGACGGUUCACCUGUAUUCACAACCUUUGUAUCUACAGCUACACGAACAAUUGUAGCUUCCGCUUCUGGAUGGAUUGAGAAAUUUGGUACAACCAACACAAUCCAGUGUAAUUUUCUCAACUCGGAGGGAGGUGAAUGUUUUGAUGCAACAAGGUCAAAUACCGGGGUUCCUACUCCGAUUGUGCUCGGAGUAGAGCCAUCUAUCACAAGCACACCAGCUAAUGUACCAGCAUUUUCAACCACCCUUCCAUUGACUCAGAUCUCAAGUCCCAUUGUCUCCCCAACAAGCACCUCUUCCUCUAUCACACCAACGGUUCCCCCAAAAUCGUCAACGACCCGGGAAAUAAUCAUUGGCGUGACAAUUGCAGGAUCAUUUGUUUUAUGUGCGCUUGUAAUUUUAAUGAUCUGGCUACUUAGACGGCAACGGCGUUCCCUCCCUGUAUCAAAUACUAAGAAGGUCGAUGGAUUGCUUGAACCUUUCCCAUAUACUGCCAAUGCUGCUGUGACAAGAGGGAUUUUCCGCCUAUACCCCCAGGUGGGCCCAUCUGCUAAAAUGCUGCACAGCUCAGAAAUUAAUAAAGGGUGCACAGGAAUGGCUUCAUUCCUUGCAACAGCAGUCACCCUCGGACACUUUGAGCACGGGCAUGAUAGCAGUCACAGGGAAGUUGCGGCUAUAACAGCGCCAUCGUCGGAGGUUGAGACGAGCAAGGUGUUGGAGCGACUAAUGCGAGAAGAAAAGUUACUUUAUUCAGAACGCAAAGGAAUGAUGAUGAUUUCUGUGGAGGAUGCUGAACGCUGA